AUGGUUAGUAACAAUUCCAGCUUGUAUCCUGAGUAUGGGCCGACAUCCUUAGCAACUAUUCGUGUUGCUGCUUACUCCGUGAUAGGUGUAAUAUCUAUUCUUGGCAAUUUGCUGGUUUUGAUAGCUUUCUAUAGAGAAAAAUCGUUGAGAAUUCCUACAAACUACUUAAUCAUUAAUUUAGCCAUUACUGAUAUUUUGAAUGGAAUUUUUAAAGAUACUUUUAUUAUAUUGGGCACGCUAACAAAUCUUCAUAUACGUUAUAAGGCAUUCUGUGACUUUGAUGGAUUUAUGCAAAUAUUACUUUACUUAUUGACAAUUUAUUCCUUAUUAGCUACAGCUAUAUUCCGUUACUUAGUCAUCAUUCAUUCUUAUGGUAAAAAAAUUACUGUUCGAGUUGUGAAGAUAACUGUUGCUAUCAUUUGGACUUACAGCCUCGCGAUCAGUCUUUCGCCAGUACUCGGAUGGAAUCGAUAUGUUUACCAACGAAUUGAAUCUGCAUGCUUACCAGAUUGGCUGUAUCCAGCUGGCAGAAGCUACGUUAUGUAUGCAUUUAUCACUGAUUCCAUUAUUCCUUUAAGUCUACUAGGAAUCUGUUAUUUGUGUAUAUAUAUAUUUAUCAGACGAAAUGCUAAGAGAUUCAUGGUUAAUAUUAAGAAAAUCCAGCCAGAUAGCCUGAAUAGAAGUUUACUUCGCAAAUCCAUUAAAAAAGAAAUCGAAAUUACCAAAAAGAUGUUUUUCGUAUAUUUAGUAUUUGUUAUUUGCUACUUUCCCUAUACCAUAGUUGUAUUUAUCUUAGCCCCAAGUGGUGUAGCAGUCCCUCCAGUUGCCUUUUUCAUUGUUGGUUUUUUAGUAAACGCGAAUAGUGCAGUUAAUCCCUUCGUGUAUGCUGUAAUCUAUAAAAGUAUUAGAAAAGCCUACUAUGAAAUUAUAUUCAGGCCAUAUACCUACGCAUCCACUAUACUUUUAUCCAUAAAAUUUCAUAAUACUGGUACGCUUCGUAAUUGUAAUGUUGAUGUAAAGAAUACAAAAUAUAACAGAUAUCAUCUAGCGAAAAUGUACGCCAUCAUUUGA